AUGAAGAAUCAACAAGGAACCAUCCAAAGAAUUCUGGCGGACAACUUCUCCGUCGUCCCUCACGCAAAAAUUACAUACGUUGGCUGGCUCACGAAGGAAUCAAUUAAGAAACGGAACUCUUCCAUAGUGAUCGAAUUUACACAACCCGAAAUGGCCAAUGCGAUUAUAUACGCUGGCUUCCUGUGGGAAGGCUUAAUCUACAACUGUCAGCUCUACGACCGCUCUUGCAGAAUCAAGCAAUGCCUCAGAUGCUAUGACUACGGCCACAUCGGUACUCAAUGUAGUGCUCCCCAAAAAUGCGGCUACUGCGCAGGUGGACAUGGAUCGCGAGACUGUUCUGUGAAGGGCAGCCCGGGAUUCAAGCCUAAAUGCGCCCUCUGCGGAGGAAUCCAUACAGCAUGGAAUGCUGCCUGCCCAGCAAGACAGAAAGAGAUGCAAAGGGUUGAGAAGGCAAAGCAAUUACGAAACCACUACUGGCCGAUACCGCCUAGGAGGACAGCAUCAGCAACAGACUCACACAACAAAACCGGACCUACACUGUCUACAUCAAGCUCAGAUGACACAACCGGACCAGCGACGUAG